UCGGAUCAUCACUUAUAGCUGUAGGUGACUGGCCAGACGGUCACUGAUUCAUUUAAUUCGUCAAAAAUCAUUCAACGAUGCUGAAAUUCGUCGCAGUCGCUCUGGUUGUAAUUGCGUUUGCCGAAGGUUAUGGAACUGGAGGAAGCAAUUACCGCACCUCAGAAGGACGUGAGGGCGUAAAAGUCGGAUUCGGCUCCCAAGCAUCAGCGAUUACCGCUAAUACUGGAGCGCUUGGGGCUGGUGGACCAAACAGUGGCUUUGCACAACACUCGUCUGCUGGAUUUGGGGGUGAGCUGGAUGGGGAGAGUCAGGGAUUUGGAGGCUCUAGGAACACCGGCUUCGUAAGCGGUGGCCUUGGUUCUGGUUCGACUGGCUACGCCAAUUCCGAAGGAGGGCGUAAGGACACUGGAACCUUCGGUGGUAAUGCACCAGCUUUCGGAGUCAAUGCUCAAGCAGAUAAAGUACAAAGCUACUCUGGUCAAAGCUCAAUUCAAGAACAUGGAGGCAUAAAUUCUGGAUUUGAUCACUCGAAAACAGUUGGUACUGGUACUUUUGGUACGGGGGAACAAGGAGUAGGUAACUUCCAAGGUGGGGGAGUGAUUUCCGGAAUAGGUGCAGGACAGGCUCAAGGGGCUGGAGAAGUCUACAGGUCGCCCUCGGGAAAUAAAGAUAAUCACGGAGCCGAAACACAAUCCAGCUCGCAGGAGUCGCUAUCGCAAGGAGGUGCACAUGACUCAGCCGAGAAAAUUUCUUCGUCUCGGAGCUCAGGUCACGAGAAAGAUCGCCCCAAGUUUGGUCUAGCAGGUCAAUCCUCCGACCAAUCUUCAUCGGAACAACAUGACGGCCACACGUCCGGAAUUGAUGCUGCUGAGUCGGCUGGGAAAUUUUCUGAAGAGAAGUUUAGUGGAGACCAAGAUGGUGGCAAACGCAAAGAAGAUGACUCUGAAAAUCACGGCGCGGAUUCGUCGCAGGUCGGCGAUGAUUCUUCAUACGACUCUCCUCGCAAGACCGCCUACAAAACCAAGCCUUCUUCUGCUUGGAAAUAGGAUUGAAGCAAAUCUUGGGCAUCAUCUCAAUCAUUCGAAAAACUGAAUGAGAAUACAACAGUAACAUAGACGUCCAUCACAUCGCUAUCUAAGUUCGCAAUCGUGACAAAUUUGGUCUGUGAAUUCGAAUUAGGUCUAUGAAUUGGUUCAAGUUCAUUCAAUGACAAGAAAUUCUGUUUAAAAGUUUUAGACAAUGCAUGUUGCACCAUUAUUACGAAAUGAAAUUUAAUAUAAUGCGAUUUUUCUAUAGACAUUUUUCAUUAAUGUCUCAAUUUUCUACCGGACAGUAUCAGCCCCAGCACAAAAUUUGUACGUACCCUUUCGCAUAUGAAAUUUUAUAAGUUU